AAAUGCUGCAGCCGCCGGGCCGGGAAGGGCGCGCGCCGCGGUGCCUUUAACCCAGGGCCAGGAGAAACCAGGGGAACGCGCUGCCGCAGGGAACGGAGCCCCCUACAGCGUCCCUGGGCGGUACAAGCCCCCCGAAGUUCAUCCCACCGCUCAGCGGGACCAAAGAGCUUGAUAAAGAUCACAAGUAAAUAACAACAACUUCCCACUGGCCCAACGGGCUCCUGUACAUUUCAAAGGAGGAAUGCAGAAGUGCCUAAAGACAAGUUGAGUCAGGCCGUGAAGGCAGGGGGCUGGAGUCAAUCUCUCAAGGUUGCCUUACAUCAUUGACACUGUUACAGUCAAUACAUUCUUUUUCGUUUCUCUCUCUGCUCCUGUUGUCUGGAUCAAGUUCCGGUGAAAUGAAAGUUCUCUCCAUCUGCCACUGCUCCACAGCCAGCUCCUCUCUGCCUGAGUUUAUCAUUUUCUUCAUAAUGUUUUAUGUUCACAAGCUGGAAUCAGCUCGGUUCGCAGUGGUUGGGCCUGGUCACCCUGUCACGGCCAUUGCAGGUGGGGACAUCAUGUUACCCUGCCGCCUGUUGCCCAGCAUGAGCGUGGAGAACAUGGAGGUGAGAUGGUUCCAACAUGAGUUCACUUCCUUUGUGCACCUGUACCGGCACGGGGAGGAGGAGUUUGGGCAGCAGAUGGCCAAGUAUCGUGACAGGACGAAGCUGUCCAAAGCCGACAUCACGGAUGGGAUUGUUGACUUGAAAAUUAUCGAGGUCAGGCCCUCCGACGAAGGACAGUACCGCUGCUUUGUUGGGGAUGGAGACUUUCAUGAUGAAGCUGUACUGGAGCUGAAGGUCGCAGCUCUAGGCUCCGCACCUCGCAUCUCUGUUGCGGGUCACCAGGACGGAGGGAUCCGAGUGGUGUGUCAGUCGGCCGGAUGGUACCCACAGCCCCAGGUGCUGUGGAGAGAUUCCAAAGGGCAGCCUUUAUCUGCAUUGACUGAAACAAAGGCUGAAGAGGAAGGUGGCUUCUUUAAAAUAAAAAAUUCCAUCGUUAUAACGGAAAAUACGAAGAAGAAUUUGUCCUGCUCCUUAAGAAACACCCACGUAGACCAAGAAAAGGAAUCAAUAACUUUUUCUAUAUCAGAUUCCUUUUUCCCAAGAACGUCUCCCUGGAUGGUGGUUUGGAGUGUGACUCUGGUGAUUCUCUUGGUGUCCAUCGGCCUGACCCUUUUUCUGUUCAAAUUAAGAGGUAAACUUCACACAGAGCUAGAGCAGAGGAGAUUAUUCAGUGACGCAGCCAACGUGACGCUGGAUCCAGCCACGGCGGACCUCCCCAGGGCCGAGCUCUGCCCCUCACGCUCUGAUUCUCCCCCAGCCAACGUGACUCUGGAAGCAGACAUGGCGCAUCCCUGGCUCAUCCUGUCGGAGGAUGGGAAACGUGUGAGAUGGAGAUGCACACAGCAGCCACUGCCCAACACCCCGGAGAGAUUUGACAAUUGGUUCUGUGUGCUGGGCCGCAAGGGCUUCAUCUCGGGGAGACAUUACUGGGAGGUGGAGGUGGAGGUGGGGGAUGGGCAAUAUUGGGCUGUGGGGGUGGCCAGAGAGUCUGUAAGAAGGAAGGGAUUGAGCACCCCAAACCCCAAGGACGGGAUCUGGGCUGUGCGGCGGUGGGGGGAUGAGUUCUGGGCUCUUACUGACCCUCACACCCCCUUAUCCCUGAGCCCCCCCAGCAGGAUCCGGGUUUGCCUGGACUGUGAUGGGGGGCAGGUGACAUUUACUGAUGCUGGAACCGAGGCCUCGAUCUUCACUUUCCCGCCGGGCUCCCUCUCUGGAAUCCGACCCUGGCUCUGGGUGGGGUCAGGAUCCCAGCUCAGCCUGAGUCCCUGAGACAUGGGGGUGGAGAGGGACGUCCCAGUGGGGACCUUUAAAUCAGCCUGUCCAGUCUCUAUGACCCUGGAGGGCUCCCCACCCUCAUCUCUAUAACCCCGGACUCCCCCCUUUCUUUUCCUGCAGCCCCAGGGAUGGGACAGGAAGGGGGGAGAAUGCCUGGGGCUGCAGGAGGAGCCAAUGGGGGGCUGGGCAGGGGACAACUAAAUUUGGACUGAGGACAGGCUACAAAAUGCGGGGGCAGGAGGACAGGGCAGGAGGAGCUGAACCUGAGAUAACAGAGAAAACAAAAGGACAAGUUCAAGUAAAGCAAAACAGACAGAGUGUCCUAAGAAAAGUGUAAAACUGGAUAUAAAAACAAUGAAAGAAACACUCCUGGGGGAGAAAACUGCCAGCAGCUACGGGAGGGGAGGGUAUAAACACAGAGGAAAGAAGGGAGAACGUGAGGGGGUGGGUCUGUGAGAGGAAUCGGGGGAGAGCAGAAGAGACACCCAGGAAUAAACAGGGACGGAACAGGGCACCUGGAAAUGAAACGGGCAGAAGUCGAGGCUGAAGUGAAGGCAGCUCAAAGGGGCAGAGAAAUGUCCCAGUCCUGACGGAAGGGGAGAGGCCGCUCACUCAUUUCAGGUUUCUACCUUGACCUGGUUGCCAUGUCAGUGUCAUUAAAACAUAAACUGCUCCCCAAACCCGUGGGCCUCUCUGCCAUUGGCCUGGGUAUUAAAGCUGCUUCUCCGCUCAUUUCCACUCUGACGGGCUUUUAUAGUAUUAAAAAAAGGGGGAGCAGAAAAGACACGUCUGAUUUGUCCCUUUUUAAAUGUCCCUCCCUGCUGCCAUUGCUGGGGGGCGAGGGGUCGGAUUUGCUUCUGUGCUGGGUUGGGUCCCCCCAGGCUGUGGUCUCCAGGGGGGUGUUUGUGGGAUGGGACCUGCUCCCAGCGACCGUCUCUGAGUAUUUAUCCUCACUGGGAGGCAGGCAGGGCUGUCCCUAGGGCAACAUGGGGACCAGAGCAAACCCCUUCCCCAAUGCCCCACCCCCCCUCCAUCCCUUCCCACAGCCCUGGCU